CUUGUGAUUAGGUACAGGUAUUGUCCUAACUAUUUUCCCUCUGAUAGGUAUGGGGUGAGAGGUAAACCUGUUUACAUCAACGUGGUCCGGGACCCCAUCCAACGCCUCGUAUCGUACUACUACUUCCUGAGGUUUGGAGAUGACUACAGGCCUGGCCUUCGACGGAGAAAACAAGGUGACAAAAAGACCUUUGAUGAGUGUGUGUCAGCAGGUGGUUCUGACUGUGCCUCUGAGAAGCUUUGGCUCCAGAUCCCGUUCUUCUGCGGACACUACUCAGAGUGCUGGAAUGUAGGCAGCAGGUGGGCCCUGGAUCAGGCCAAGUAUAACCUACUGAAUGAAUAUCUACUAGUUGGGGUGACAGAGGAGCUGGAGGACUUUAUCAUGAUGCUGGAGGCAGCCCUGCCCCGCUUCUUCAAGGGUGCCACAGGCCUCUACAAAACAGGUAAGAAGUCCCACCUGCGUAAGACCACGGAGAAGAAGCCACCCACCAAGGAGUCCAUCGCCAAGCUGCAGCAGUCCGACAUCUGGAAGAUGGAGAACGAGUUCUACGAGUUUGCCCAGGAGCAGUUCCAAUUUGUCAGAGCCCACGCUGUCCGGGAGAAGGACGGGGAACUCUACCUGCUGGCACAGAACUUCUUCUAUGAGAAAAUCUACCCCAAAGUGAACUAGGGUGGAACUGGGUUAACAUCAGGCCAGGUGGAUGGUGAUGAGGUCUGGGUUAACAUCAGGCCAGGGGGGGAUGUAGAUGUGUUGAUGAGGUCUGGGUUAACAUCAGACCAGGGGGAUGUUGAUGUGUUGAUGAGGUCUGGGUUAACAUCAGGCCAGGGGGGGAUGUUGAUGAGGUCUGGGUUAACAUCAGGCCAGGGGGAUGUUGAUGAAGUCUGGGUUAACAUCAGACCAGGGGGAUGUUGAUGAGGUCUGGGUUAACAUCAGGCCAGGGGGAUGUUGAUGAGGUCUGGGUUAACAUCAGGCCAGGGGGGAUGUAGAUGAGGUCUGGGUUAACAUCAGACCAGGGGGGGAUGUAGAUGUGUUGAUGAGGUCUGGGUUAACAUCAGGCCAGGGGGAUGUUGAUGAGGUCUGGGUUAACAUCAGUCCAGGGGGAUGUAGAUGUGUUGAUGAGGUCUGGGUUAACAUCAGGCCAGGGGGAUGUUGAUGAGGUCUGGGUUAACAUCAGUCCAGGGGGAUGUAGAUGUGUUGAUGAGGUCUGGGUUAACAUCAGGCCAGGGGGAUGUUGAUGAGGUCAUACACUACUCUCUGUGCUAGUUCAGACUUCAGAGCCUGACCAUUAUUCACCCUGUUACACACGUUACAGAAUGCCGUCAUAACAAUAACUGUCGGACGUGUGGAUGGGGACCUACUGUGUAGCUGUACUGUGUCUGGGGGGGAAAGUGGAUACUGUGCUGGUUUCAUUGGUUCCUUGUUCUUCACUGUAGUUGUUGACUUCUACAAGGUAUUUGAACAGGUCUCAAAUCCAACAUGGUGUCCUGUACUUCUCUGUAGCUGAUCACUUCUUCUACAGGUUAUUGAAGCAAGAUCCAACAUCUGACCAGGUCAAAGGUCAAUAAGCCCCCCCCCUCCACUGGGGACCUGCCUUGUGGUCUUCAGGCUCCAACUCAAAAUGGCUGCCCAACCACAACCACAUCGGACGACGUCCAGCAAAAGAUUUGUCUAUUUUACAUUUUCGUUUUUUAUUUUUAUUAAAUCAAAACAACACAUGAGAAGGUCAAUUCAAAAGAAAACAGGAGUAUGUCAGAAAUUGUGACGUUUGAUCUGUGGAACAAAACACAGUUUGCUGGCUCGUGCCAGAAGGACAGUUUGCUGGCUCGUGCCAGGACAGUUUGCUGGCUCGUGCCAGAAGGACAGUUUGCUGGCUCGUGCCAGAAGGACAGUUUGCUGGCUCGUGCCAGAAGGACAGUUUGCUGGCUCGUGCCAGAAGGACAGUUUGCUGGCUCGUGCCAGAAGGACAGUUUGCUGGCUCGUGCCAGAAGGACAGUUUGCUGGCUCGUGCCAGAAGGACAGUUUGCUGGCUCGUGCCAGAAGGACAGUUUGCUGGCUCGUGCCAGAAGGACAGUUUGCUGGCUCGUGCCAGAAGGACAGUUUGCUGGCUCAUGCCAGAAGGACAGUAUGAUGGCUCGUGCCUAAGCUGGGUGGCUGUGAAAGGGAGGUACUGUACUAACAAGGAGGAAAGGGUGGCUUCAGCUCGGUGUGAUGCCGGGUGGCUUCAGCUCGGUGUGAUGCCGGGUGGCUUCAGCUCGGUGUGAUGCCGGGUGGCUUCAGCUCGGUGUGAUGCCGGGUGGCUUCAGCUCGGUGUGAUGCCGGGUGGCUUCAGCUCGGUGUGAUGCCGGGUGGCUUCAGCUCGGUGUGAUGCCGGGUGGCUUCAGCUCGGUGUGAUGCCGGUGGCGGCCAAAAGUUGAGAAUGACACACAUGAAUUUUAAUUCUGCUGCCUCAGUUUGUAUGAUGGCAAUUUGCAUAUCAGAAUGUUAAGAGUGAUCAGAUUAAUUGCAAAGUCCCUCUUUGCCAU